CAACUUCAACGACCGCAGCCGAACGGGCUAACCACUGGCGCCAUCGAGCUCCUCACUACUUAUAUGUUAUGUAUAAAAUAGUUAUUUAUUAUUAUUAGUUUUACUAACUAUAUAUAUAAGAUAUUAUAAAAGAAAUAAUUUAAAUUUACUCUUCAUCAUUUAGUUUCGUAAUAUUUUUUUCACCGCAUACAAAGUUGCAGCACAUACUUACCUGCCUCAUAAUAACUCGCACUGGCCUUUCAAUUGACCAACAUCCUAAUUAAUUAGAACACCAGAAUUUUCGUGUUCAAAUAUGAAAAAAAUAACAUAUUGUGUGAAUGUUACCGUGAGUAAGAGCUGAUUUUUGGGUCGCGGUUGUAAAACUGACAUAAAUAGGUCAAUAUAAUAAUAAUGGGGUGCUGUGAAUCUUUGGAAAGUUCAUUAGUGAGGUUCAAGUUGAAAUCUUGUUGCUGCAUUGCGUCUGUCAAAUUGGGACUCAACAUAGUUGCGUAUUUCAAUGUUUUGGUGUCGGCAGUGUCUCUGCUGUCAGAGGGGCGGUUUUCGCCUAUAGCUAAAGAAGUACAAAACCUGGUGGUGAGUGAAGGAUCAGCAUUGCACCAGCUCGUCAAUAUCGCGAAUAUUUUCUUCAAUUUUCUACUGGUGAUUGCUGUGAAUAAAAAAAUCCCGGUUUUGCUAAGAAUAUUCAUAUACUAUUGCACAGCGUCCAUUGCUGUGAAGCUAAUUGUUUUAGGGCCCCUCAUACAGGCAUCAGAAGAUGGAGGGCUCAAGAUCAUCAUUGUCACAGUCCUUAGUAUAUUAUUCGAAUGCUACAUGAUGCUGUUAGUAAGGAGCGUCAUGGUAGAAAUCAAUGAAGAAAUCGCCGAACAAAAUGGGAAAGUACCAACUCAAAUUGUGUUCACUCCCCAUAGUAAAGAUGGUAACGGACAUGACAAGGACGCUUCUGUUGAAAUUAUAAUACCAAGCCCCAAGCAGAAGGAAGACAUCAAGAAAGAGGAACACGGAAGGUUGGAAACCGUACACGAGUUACCGAAUGAAACUGCGACCGAUGUGAAACAAGACGCUUCUUGAUAAACAUUAAUGUUGUUUGAUUUGUGUGAUAAAAAUGUAGGUAAUUUUUUAAAGCAAACAUUUUUUGUUUUAUUUAUUUUACAAUAAUAUCAUCUGGGCACAGGACCGCAUCCGGAGAUAUUUGAGGAGCUCGAUGGCGCAAGUGGUAAGUGCGUUCGGCUGCGAUCGUUGAAGUUAAGAAUCUUUCGCAGUGGUCGAUCAUUGGGUGGGUGACCAAAAAUUUACUAUCUUGAGCUCCUUUGUGCUAUGGAAGGCAUGUUAAGCCGUUGCUCCUGGCUGCAUCGAUAGAGCCCGCCAAUCCGCACUGCGUGAUAAGGGUUGUCCUCCCCUAUCAUUUUAUUUUAUGAACAAAAUUUUAUUUCUUUAUAAUGUGGCAUUAAAAAAUACUUACUACCCAAUAUUUCACCCUUCUACCACCAGCCCCUUUUUUUAUGGCGGUACGAAGUCCGCUGGGUCAGCUAGAAAUAAAUAAAUAUUUCGAACAAACACCAAUUAGCCUAGCCCCAAAGUACAAAGCACUGUAAGGCUUGUGUUAUGGCAUACUAGGGUAACGUAUAUAAUACAUAUGGGUAAUGAUACACAUAUAAGUAUAUUUAUAUAGAAAUACAUAUUAAACAUCCAUGACUGGUGUACAAAUGCUCGAAUUCAUAACACAAACAUCUGCCCCCACAGGGAUUCGAACCCGGAACCUCUCGAGUAGGCGACGCCUUGUUACCUGGCGUUCAAACCACUCGGCCACGGAGGCUAUACCAUCUAACCAGUGCCGUCUUUGACCUAUUGGAGGCCCUGGGCAUCUUAGGAUAAUGGGGCCCCUAUGACUUCCGUUUCAUGAUUAAACAGGAACUAGGGACUUUGUAUUUGAUCUGAGGGGCCCCCUAUUGAUCGCGGGGCCCUGGGCACUUGCCCAAAGUGCCCACUGGGAAAGACGGGUCUGCAUCUAACUAGGUUGUUCAAAAAUCGCCAUUAAAAUCAUAUCACGGCGUUAGAUCCCUUUCCUGGUUACCAUCAUCACUGUAUUAAUGCUCCCACUGCUGGGGCUAGGUUUGCCAGAUGCAGGCUUAUCAAUUCCGGGACAUUUGCUCCCCCUCCCCCCUGAAAAAAAAGCAUCAAAUCUAACCCCCUAGAAUUAAAACAUCAAUCAGGCCAGCGGUGUCAUUCGUUAUUAGUUUAUUUUGUUACGAAACUAGCACAUUAUCGGAAUCCGCGACAAUAAGGUCUAAUUACUGGUUACGGGACAAGACGCAAAAUUCCAGGAUAAUCCCGGUUUUACCGGCCAUCUGGCAAGCCUAGCUGGGGCGCAGUCUUUGCACAAUUCUACUUAGGCCUAGCUUGCUUGGGUGCGGAACUGCGGUGAAGUCCCUCAACGGGGAUGGUCCCUCAUGGUUCCGCAUUUAACAGCGUAGAGGGUAUUUGCAGGGUUUUUUAGCGGAUACUAUGCCAUAAGCGCUCUGUUUCGUACCCGUGUGACUUGCGAGAGGCUAGGAGCUCUAUUUUUGAAUCACUCGUCUUGCGUCGAACGCUCGAUUUCUACUAAAUUUCAUUCGACAUAAUUAAUUCCGUAUUUUUGAAUCGCUCGAGUGCAACGAAUGGGUGAGACCACUCGCUGCAUGGCGAACAGUGGAGGCGAAUGAUAGAAUAAUUGUCAAAUUUUUUGUGCUAUUAAACGACGAUAAUCUAUCAUUGUCAUGCUUUAUAUGCGAGAAUUUUUUGUUCGUUUUUCAUUGCGUUAAUUAUCGGUUUUUAUUUUUUCUGCGUGAAAUGAGUAUAAUUUCAUAUUUCGUAUUAAACAGGUAACAUUGGUGACGAAUGAUUCAAAAAUACGGAAAAUCAGAAUUUAGCGACUUGAAAGUCGAAGGUGACUUAUGUCGCAUUCGACGAUGCUAUGUCAGACGAGUGAUUCAAAAAUAGAGCUCUAGGUGUGAGGUCCGUUCGUUGGAGUGCCCCUUAAGGGCGCCAACGUCUGUAAAUAUAGGUUUUGCCUGCAUAAUAAAAAAAAGGCCUAGCUUACUUAUUGGAAUUAUAUACAAAGUUGAUCCAUGUUUUUAUUUCCUGUCCGCCCAAUAUAUUUAUUGUGUUCUGCUUACGUACGAUUAAUUUAAAUUAUGUGUGUAUGUAAUGUCGUUUCUUAUAUUCAUAAUUCUCCUUCGUCCUUGAUCGUUAUCCCAUUAACCCGACUGGGAACCGAAUUCAGACGUAGCUCCAUCAACAACUUUGCCAGCUCCGUAACCGUAACGAAUCGUCAAAGUUUCUAUGAAAACUAUGCAGCGCCCCUACUGGAUUUAAGAACAAACUGGCCCAUCCAUACAAAAUUUUGUCGAUCAAUAGGAUUAUGGAUCUGUCAAAAUUCAUGCUUAGGGUCUGUUCGUUAUAUGACUGGGAACGGAAGUAUCCUUAGCACGAACCAGUAUAAAAUUCGAAUAGUUAGCGAGUCCAAAACGUCAUUGUCAAAUGCAGGGCUUUUAACCGGUUUCGAAAAUAACGGUAAACAAAGGUUAAUACCGGUUUUUAGUAAAGGUUUCGUUGGGAGCGCAUCCGAAAUGAAAGCGGUACCUAAAACCUUAAAAAACCGAGCGACACAUGCACGCGUCGGCAUCGGUUGAAGUUUGUUUUGUUUGAACUAAUCAAGUCACAACUUGUUAAUACUCAGAGAUUGAUGCAUUUAUUGACACGUUUGCUUUUAGUGAGCCAAGUUAUUCAUUUUGUAGUUGUGUACUGAUACUACACUACUUCACUCACUCGCUCUGUAGUUGGAAAGAAACUGACAUAAUAUCAUUAUAAAUUUGAAUUGAAACGGCGAAGGCGAUACCGUCAGUAAGAGCGAAAUGAAACCCUUUAAAAUCGCUUAAUUGAUUCAAAACCUAUUUGAUUUCGCUUUUUAGGAAAACCGGUUUUUUAAGGUUAAGGUGGAGCCAAACGCUCCUAAUGUAUUUGAUACUGAUUUAGGUUUGAAAAUUAACCGGUAAACAAGACCUGGUCAAAUGUGUACUGAUUUUAAGUUCUCUUUACGUCCAUUGUAGCGCUGCUGUUCGAGUUUCCAUACAAAAUUUGACAUUAACAUUUAGCACUCGCAAACUAUUCGAAUUCGAUAAUGAUUCGUGCUAAGGGUACUGAUUGCGGAGACUUCACCAACGGAGGUCAUCGACAACAUGUAUGUAGAUACCACCGCGUCACCAUUUUUAUUACAUCACACAAUCAACUCAUUUAUUAACCUUCUAAUUAAACGAACAUCCUUAUUAAAACUAUGAAUUUUUACGUGCCAACAAACUAUUUUUGUAUCAUUUUGUGUGAAAGCGGCCGUGUGAGACAUUAUAUUCGACAUUUGCCAUAAGCGAGUAAGAGUGACAAAUUUAAUUAUUUAAGCAAUGGAAGGAUAUAAUUAUGCUAAAAAUGUAGUCUUAACUUUCAAGUUGGCUUCGUGUUGUUGGCUCGCGCCUGUGAAAAUAGGAAUACUUGCCAUAGCGUACGUCAACAUUUUAAUAUCGUUGAUCUCUCUGGUGGGCGUGGCUAAUGGCAGUUACUCGCCGACUAUACUAAAAGUGCAAGAGGUGAUACUGGAGGACUUCGCGUCCAAGCCCAUCCCUAUUCUGUCCUACGCAACAGAGCUAGCAUUCAACGUCAUCUUACUGUGUGCCGUAUACAGGAAAGACCUGGAGUUGCUGCGAGUAUUCACGUGGUACUGUGUAUCGGCCAUUAUAGCGUCUGCUCUCCUGUACUCCAUCGUCUUGGCUGUCAUCGAUGUGCUCACUGUAAUCCUCAUCGUCACGAGCAUUAUUUUCCAAAUAUACCUUCUUCUAUUGGUCAGAAGUAUAAUGGUAGAAUUAAAAGAGUUGACAGACCAAAACGGCGCACCGAAACAAGUACUUAGUACGAUCAGCAAAGACGAAGAUAAUCAAGCUAAGAGUGAGGACGAGGCGAAUAUCGACAUCCCUCUCACUCCCGAAGCGGUGCAGGAGGAGCACACGAGCUUAGAAAGGGACACAACAUUGGCGACUGUCGAAGAACAUCCUAACGAAUUCACGGUCGAAGUUAGGUCUUGAGUUUUAUCCACAGUAAGACAAAAGAUACGAACUUGCAGAAGAAACUUAAAGCGCAUUAUACCAAAUCGCGGACUAAAGUUAUUCUUGGUUUAAGCCUAACGUUGUCUCCGUCUUCUAUUUAACAAACAAAAGUGACAGCAUCAGUUUUAGCCCAGCUUUAACUUUAGUCUGCGGUUUGCAAAAAGGCGGAAAGAGUUUUUAACUUUGUCGUAAUUAAAUUAAAGAACUUAAUGUAUUCUUCCUGUGAAUAGGACAGGGAAAACGGUCGAUUCACUCUAUUCAAAUGAGUCUAAAUAGUAUUUAAGAAAUACAGUCGUUUAAAACUGA